AUCGCUACUUCUAAUGUCGUGCGACUUCGGCUCUUCUUUCUUGGGCGACGCCUUCUCGCCAUUGACGGAAGCCAAAGCAACGCAGACUUCUGCUUCGGAGGCUAGUGAGCUCAAAACGGAGGACAUGAUGCAAAAAGAGUCGCCUUGCCUUCUUUCCCUCUCGUUUUGAGGGGAGCGGAAGCAGGUGUCUCUGCGGAAAUGCCGUCUUGGAGCGCGGAGAUGGAUGUGGAGACGGAUAAGGCGACGGCGGAUGGCGAUCGGAGGAGUAGUCGGAGGAUGGCGUUGGUGGUGAGAGGGAAGAGGGACGUGAAGCCUGUGCUCGUCGAGAUCGCCAUCGCCUUUGCUCUCUCCUUCGCCGGCUUCAUCGCGUCCCAGCUCUGGCGCCGCCCCCGGCUUCCCAUUCGUCCGCGAUGCCCUCAAUCCUCGUCCCCAGGUGGUGCAGAGCCGGAAAGUAGUGGGAAAAACAGUGGCGGUUGCCUCCAAGAGGAACUCCGCAUCCUGAAGAGUGAAGAGGAUUUGGGGGAGAUAAUCGAUGGCAUCUCCAUGAUUGGGCUGUCUCCUACCAGUUAUAACUCGGUUGAUGAUGAGGGCUUCCUCUUGCAUGAAUUCAACGAUUUUGUAAUGCAAGAAUUUGAGGUGAAAAGUAAAGAACUGGAAACCGCCCGAAAUAUCACGGUGCCCGAGAAGCCUGAUACCACGGAAGAGAUCAUGAUGGAGCAAGAGAUCGCAAGUCUCAGGGAGUUGGUUUUGUCCCUAAGGGAGAAGGAAAGGAGUCUUGAGCUUCGGUUGCUGGAUUAUCAAGGUGUGAAAGAGCAAGAAGCUGCUGUGGGAGAGCUUGAGAAUAGAUUGAAGAUUAGUGCAAUGGAGGCUAAGUUGUACAUUUUAAAGAUAGACUCUCUGCAGGCUGACAAUCAGAGGCUAAAAUCUCAGCUGUCAGAUUAUUCAAGAGUAAUUAGUGAACUUGAUUGUUCAAGAGAGAAGAUUAAACAUUUGAAGAAGAAGAUGGAAUCGGAUAGGGAUGAGGCAAAAGACAUAAUAGCCUCUCUUCACCAGAGGAUCAAUUCAUUGCAGCAUAGGGAGCAAAAGGAUGUGAAAACUGAUGCAGAGAUUAAAAGGAAGUUGAAGAGGUUGGAGGAGUUGGAAGAUGAGUGCAUAGAGCUCAGAACGAUCAAUUCAAUGUUGGUAAAUGAGAAUUCAUGUUUGUCAAGGGAGUUGGAAACUGCAAAAAUGAUUGCGUCUUCAGUUCAUGAGGAUGCAAAGAUGGAAGGGUUAGAGGAAGCCAACCACUUGAGGAAGGUGAAUGACAAAUUGAUGGAGGACAUCGAACAACUUCAAACUGAUAGGUGUACUGAUGUUGAGGAGCUGGUGUAUCUUAGAUGGGUAAAUGCUUGCUUGAGAUACGAGCUGAGGAACUACCAGCCACCUCUGGGAAAAACAGUCGCAAGAGAUCUUAGCAAAUGCUUGAGUCCCAAAUCUGAAGAAAAGGCCAAACAACUCAUACUGGAGUAUGCCAAUUUGGGUGCUGAUGAGAAAAGUUUAAAUCUUUUUGAAGUUGAUUCAGAGUGUUCUUCUUCCUCACAAGCUUCUACCGGAGAACCUGAAGAUACACCAACCGAUGCCUCAUCAGCAAUAACACAUAGUAGUUCAAAUAAACUAAAGUUGCUAAGCAAGCUUAAGAAGCUAGUGUUAGGAAGCGGAAACCGGGGAAAGAGAGCUUCAGCAGCAGAUAGAACUCCAAGUUCUGUAAAUUCUGAUACAAGAGCAUCUGCCUCUAUCUGUUCUAUUGAUGAUGCAAUUGCUAGAGAUUCAUAUGAUAGCUCACCAUCACGCAUGAUAGAGGAUGUUGCUGCAGCAAAUCUGUUGGCAGGAACGGAAGCACAAGCAGUCGAAGGGCAACGUAAUAAAAAUGUUUUCUCUCAAAUCAUUUCCAGGCACUCUUUGGACAUCCAGAGGUUGCAGAGGCUUGAUCUGGAAGAAGCAAGAGAGGAAGAAGAGAUCUGUCGGGAUGCUACUGCCUUCAUAUAAGAAACUUAUGAUCUUUUUCUGUAGCACACAAAAAGCAGUUCUGAUUUCACACAGAUUGCCCCAAGAAGUUGUACAGAGAAUACAAUCAACGGAGGUGAUAUCCUUCCUUGCACAGUUAUUCAGGUGCUUUCCUUCACAUACUUGAUCUAUAUUCUAUAACAACAUGUUGUGAUCUAGAAACAUACCAGAAUCUGUGCUUGCUUCAUUUCUGGAAUGAUACUUUUGCCAAGUCCCAAGUAAUUUAGGGUUCCCUAAGUGUCCUUUCAAUUUACUGUAAAGACACUUAUAUAUGUGGACCUUGCUUGUGGACUUCAAGAUUCUCACAUUAAAGAUAAUGCUUCAAACUUUCAAGAAGGCUCAUUCAUUUACCGUCUUAAAGUUAGAAACAAUUGUGAUAUUAGGUCACUGUAAUGUCACCUUUUCUUUCGGAAACAUCAGUAUUUUUUGGUUGUUAGCAAGUUUUUUAUUUUGAUUUAUUUGAUUUUAUGACAUUAGAGGCACUUGUAAAUUAGGUAGCUGCCAUAUGCUGCUACCUAAUAUUUCACAUUGAGAUUUGCUUGGUGAUAUUUAUAGUUAGUGUUAAAUGCAGAUAUAUUUGCACAAGUAAUUACCUUUACAUAAGUUGCAGGACUCAACACCUUUAUACCUUUUUACAGAUUCAAUAAUCAAGUUUUUCCUGUAAAAAUCAAAUUAAAUAUGAUAUAUAGCUUGACCUUAAUCACAUCAUAAUAAAUUAUGGCUAGUUAAGAGUAUUCAUUGGAAUUAUAUUAUGCAAAAUAAAUCAUGGAAAGUUAAGUAGAAAAUGUUCUUUCAUAGUCAUGUUGGUCUUCUGUGACCAGUAUCCCACCACUCUAAAUCUGCUGAGUCUGAUAAGAGUUCCCAUGAAUCAGUAAGCAAAUUCCAAAUCAUCUGAGGUUCGAGACGGCGACACUGGUUUAACGAAGAUCGUUUAGAGGUAAAAGGCAUCAACUUUUUCAUGUCAGUUCAUCAUAUAUUUGACUUAUUGACCUUAACAUCAAACAGUAAUGGCUGUCUUAUACUUUUUGAUUUUAUACUUUCAGCCUUCAGGCAUGUCAGCAGAAGGAAUUGAUUAAACCAAUGCCGCCAUCUUGAACCUCAGAUGAUUGGAAUUUGCUUACUGAUUCAUGGGAACUCUUAUCAGACUCAGCAGAUUUCGAGUGUAAACAGUAAUGACUGUUCUACUUUCUGAUUUUAUACUUUCAGGCAUGUCAGCAGAAGGAAUUGAUUAGCUCAAGUCUGAACAACAUCCUGCCAUUAGAAUAUAAAGUUGACACUGGAUUAGAUGUUCAUGGACUCAAAUCAACAAAGUUGUUUCUUAUGAAGCCUUGAUUUGAUCGUUGAUGAACUUACAGAGGAUACAUAUCAGAACGCAGCAGAUCGCUCCACAGCUCAUAAAUUCUUCCCCAUGGCCACUUGAAAAGAUACCGGAUUCUGCUCUCCAUGGAUAAAUCCUGAAAACAGAUGGAAGGAGAUCAUGGCCCCCUUGUCUGCCUGCAAAACAAUUAUUAGGUCAUCAUCUAUGCCACACAGGAUCCACUUAAUUGAUAAUGAUAGAACAAGUUGAUGGGGGCAGGUAUUGAAUUCAUAUUUGUAAUGCAGAAUUAUUGUCAUCCAACUAAUUUACAUAUUCUGGAACAUGUAUCGGAUUGUGUUCGAGGAGAAUGGCCUCAACAGUGAGUUAAUUGCUUCAUUUUGACCU